AUGGAAGACAUUAAAGAUGCGAAAUAUGACUUAGGGUUAGAUAUGACUGUUGAGGAUCAAAAAAAAAUUGGAAAAUUCACCAACUUACAUUUUAAACAAUCUGUUUAUGAACAAAAGAUAAAAUUAAUGAAAGAAAACAUUUCAAACAUUGACGCAUCAAUAGACGAAGUUUCAUUGGUGUUUGAUCCUCAGGAUGUUAUGUUGAGCAUAGGUGACUGUUUCUUUAACGUGGACACCGAAUACAUGGAAGAAAGUCUUGAACAAGUAAAAAAUGAGGAGAAAAAGAAUUUGAAGAAAUUGGAAUCUGAUUAUAAAAAUAUGUUAAAUGAAAAACAAAAACUGAAAACAGAGUUAUAUGCAAAAUUUGGGAAUAGGAUUGAUCUCAACUGA